GAGGAGGAGGAGGAGGAAGGAGUGCCCACCUCGUUCCCGAGGUGUGCGUGUUAUCUACUUGAAGAGCUGGAAAAGCCUGGGGACCUAGAGGAGCUUGUGGAGUUAUUGGAGGAGGAGGAGGACGACGAAGCCAUGGGGAGCGGGGCCAGUGCCGAGGACAAGGAGAUGGCCAAGAGGUCCAAGGAGCUGGAGAAGAAGCUCCAGGAGGAUGCGGAUAAGGAGGCCAAGACGGUCAAACUGCUGCUGCUUGGGGCUGGAGAGUCAGGGAAGAGCACCAUCGUGAAGCAGAUGAAGAUCAUCCACCAGGACGGUUACACGGAGGAGGAGUGCAUGGAGUUCAAGUCCAUUAUCUACGGGAACAUCCUGCAGUCCAUCCUGGCCAUCAUCCGCGCCAUGUCCACGCUGGGCAUCGACUACGCCGAGUCCUCCUGCGCGGAUGAAGGCCGGCUGCUCUUCAACCUGGCUGACUCCAUCGAGGAGGGCACGAUGCCCCCCGAGCUGGUGUCCUGCAUCAAGAAGCUGUGGAAGGACGGGGGGGUUCAGGCGUGCUUUGACCGCGCUGCCGAGUAUCAGCUCAACGACUCAGCCGCAUAUUACCUGAACCAGCUGGACAGGAUCACAGCCCCCAACUACCUCCCCAAUGAGCAGGAUGUGUUGCGAUCCCGAGUGAAGACCACAGGGAUCAUCGAGACCAAGUUCUCUGUCAAAGACCUGAAUUUCAGGAUGUUCGACGUGGGAGGGCAGCGCUCAGAGAGGAAGAAGUGGAUCCACUGCUUCGAGGGGGUGACCUGCAUCAUCUUCUGUGGGGCCCUGAGCGCCUACGACAUGGUGCUGGUGGAGGACGACGAAGUGAACCGGAUGCAUGAGUCCCUGCACCUAUUCAACAGUAUAUGCAACCACAAGUUCUUUGCUGCCACCUCCAUCAUCCUCUUCCUCAACAAGAAGGACCUUUUUGAGGAAAAGAUCAAGAAAGUCCAUCUCAGCAUCUGCUUCCCAGAGUAUGAUGGUCCAAACACAUUUGAGGACGCAGGGAAUUACAUCAAGACCCAGUUCCUGGAUCUCAACAUGAGGAAGGACGUGAAGGAGAUCUACAGCCACAUGACCUGUGCCACAGACACACAGAACGUCAAGUUCGUCUUCGAUGCCGUCACAGACGUGAUCAUCAAAGAGAACCUCAAGGACUGCGGCCUCUUCUGAGCACCAGCAG